UUGAGCAUGCGUGCACAGUGACAAAUCCACGAAUCUCCACCUUCCAGAAACACGAAGAUGAUUUAUCAAGAGCACACUGGCGACAUAGACGCAGAAAUCUUUUGGAAGAACAAUGCAUCUGAUGUGAAUGUGUGUUUUAUUAUAUUAUAGUGUAAAGACCCACGAGUGGGAGUACGCGAGAAAGGAGGAAGCAUUCAGUUUGGGAGUCGGAUGCAACAUAAAUUAAAUGAUGGAGACUGAAGUUCUCGUGCAUGUGAGAUGAUUGCAUGGACGCUUUUAUCGACGGACGUCUGCGACCUCACAUUUGGAAACAAAAGCGUUCAGUUCACAGGCUGGUUGAGGUUAUUUUUAGUUCUUUGACGAAACUGAAUGAAUUGUUAAGUUACUAAUAUAACAUGUGCUGUUAGGAUAAUAGUAUGCAGUUAUAAAUUAUGUUGACUGGUUUGCGAUGAGAAAUAAAGCUUAAUAUAAUCGAUGCAUGUUUAGAUAUUUCCUAUACACAGUGCUGCGAUGCACGUGCAUCAUAAUUUGCUAAUGUAAUGGAAAUGAAGGGGAUCUUGUCGUCCAAUCUAAGGUGCCAAAUUGAAAUCUGAUAGGCUGUGCAAGAUGGGAUACAAGAAACAAUUUCAGAGCCCACUUUCGGAGGCCUUAUCCGCAUAAACCUCUAUGUGAACUGUAUUUCACGGACCACGGAGAGCGACCAUGAACAGGUUACGCAGGAAAGCGUGCGUGGCUCUUCUAUUGUUCACCCUGUUCAUUUUUGGCACCAUGAUGGGCCUACGAACCCUGAAGCCCACUGAUGGUUUCUCAGAUCUUGCUCCGGGAAUGGAGUUGAUGCCUUUAGUGGGAGAGAGAAUGGACCAGAGACCCAAUCAUGUAGUCGAAUCAGCUGGUCAAACUGGUGUUGGAAGCGACACCAAGAUAGUCUUCUCCAACUCUGGGCCUGAACACAGCAUAUUCUAUGACAUUCACAUCUUCUAUUAUUUAUGGUAUGGCUCGCCACAGAUGGAUGGGAGUUAUAUACACUGGGACCACGUAUUGGUACCACACUGGGACCCGAAAAUAGCUGCAAGUCACCCUAAAGGACGACACAGUCCGCCAGACGACAUUGCGUCCAGUUAUUACCCAGAACUUGGACCCUAUAGCUCCAAGGAUCCAGAUGUUAUUGAGUCCCACAUGGCACAAAUCGAAGCUGCAGCUGCAGGUGUGGUGGUUCUGUCCUGGUACCCGCCUGGUGUGGCAGAUGAACAUGGUAAACCCUCAGAAGAUCUAGUGCCAGCUGUUAUGGAUGCUGCCCAUAGACACAGCAUCAAGGUUGCGUUCCACCUUCAGCCCUACAAAGGCCGGACUGACCUCAGCAUGCAUGACAACAUCAAAUACAUCAUUGACAAAUAUGGGGAACAUGGUGCUUUCUACAGAUUCAAGUCAAGCACUGGUAAGAUUCUUCCACUCUUCUAUGUGUACGACUCGUACCUUACACCUUCUGAGGCCUGGGCUGAGCUGCUCACUGCUCAAGGGUCUCACAGUCUCCGUGGAACUCCUUAUGAUGGCAUCUUCAUCGCUCUCAUCGUGGAAGAGCGUCACAAGCACGACAUCCUGUCCGGUGGUUUUGACGGCAUGUACACCUACUUUGCUUCCAACGGUUUCUCCUUUGGAUCUUCUCACCAGAACUGGAAAGCAAUCAAGGCUUUCUGCAACAAGAACAACUUGCUUUUUGUGCCGAGCGCUGGGCCUGGUUAUAUGGACACCGCCGUUCGGCCAUGGAACAAUCACAACACACGCAACAGAGUAAAUGGAAGAUAUUACGAGACCUCUUUGCAAGCGACAAUGUCCGUAAGACCUGAUAUCAUCACAAUAACAUCGUUUAAUGAGUGGCACGAGGGAACUCAGAUUGAAAAGGCCAUGCCUAAGAAGACUGUGACUCGUCUGUAUUUGGACUAUAAACCUCAUCAACCAGACUAUUACCUGGAGCUCACGAGGAAGUGGGCGGAGCAUUUUAGUAAAGAAAAAGAGCAGUGGCUUAUGUGAUUGUACCUCAUAACGGUAUUGUUGAGUUUUGCUUUUAGAUUCUCUUCACACUACCAUUAUAAUUUACUAUCCUUCAAUUUAUGCAUAUUUUUUUAAAGGCAGCUAAACAGCAAGGACAAGCAACUCUCUCUCUUUCUCUUGAUUUUCAAUCAAUUUCAGAUGUCUGUGGAAGUUUUUAAAGGGCUAAUUCUGCAAAAAAUGAAAAUUUUGACAUCCCUCUCAUGUCGCUCCAACCUGUAUGACUAUGAACACAAAAGCAGAAGUUUUUCAGGUCACAAUGCUAUUUUCUGUUUUUAAAAUUUGGUGCAAUACAAUGGUUAACGAGACACACAAGAACAAGUUACAUUUUUAAACUAUGGCUCAAAGCAGUCGGUAACGAGACAUGGAAGAAUCAAUGGCUUUUGAAAACUUAAUGGAACAGGAUUGGUAACAAGACACUCAAGAACCAAUGGCAUUUUUAAACUUUGGUGCGAUGCAAUCCUUAAAGGUGCACGUUUUUGCUUACUAAAAACAUUUUACACAUAAAGACCUGAAUAGCAUUUUUUAGAAAUAUGUUGAAAAUGAUGUACACUCACAUGAGAUGAAAACUCCAGUCAUAUCAGAAACCUAAUAAAAGCUGUUUAAUUUUACAUGGAGCAGGUCGUCCCCUCAUGGGUGCUGCCAUGUUGAUAGCACAUGACACUUUGUCAUGCAAUUGACUGAGUUACUACCACUAAUAAUGACAAUAAUAACAACAUGUUUACUUUAUAUAGUGCUUUCAGCCAAUGCUCAAACAUAAAAGUACAUGUACACAAACAAUCAAACCAAACAAUUUAAAAACAAACAUAAUAUACUUACUGCAAACAACACAGAAGCCCAAGUGAACAGUAUAGUCCAGAGUGAUGGCAUCAGCAGGAGUGUGAUCCAAAUGACAGUCCAAUCAGAAUGAGUGCAAGUGAAAAGAUAAAAUGUCCAAACAAGAGUCAUGAAAUAAACAGCUAUAUCCUACAGCUCACACGGCACUGCUAAUGGAUAAACAGCGCAACAUCAAGCGGCAGUCGUGGAGAGCUUGCGUUUGAGUCACGGCUGCCCGGUCACAGUCCAGUGUGCAACAAAGUGCGGAAGUUUGUUUGGAUUAAAUCUAAGAAUGUCCAUAACAGGGAUGUGUGUAGAAUUAGACGGGGAAAAAACACAACCGAAAAGUAACAACAGAAGAUAAACAAAUAACUUCGGUGUGAAGCAGCAGCAAACAAACUUCCAGAAUCCAGGAUGAUGGGUGUCAGUAUAGAGUCCAAAACAACAACUACUACUGGGACCGAUGGGAUCAGUAAGAGCCAGCUAAAAUCUUACUGAAUGCACCUUUAAUGAGACACAAACGAACCAAUGGAAUUUUAAACCAUGGUGCAAUGUGAUCUGUAAAGAGACACUCGUGAACCAAUGAUAUUUUUAAACCAUGGUGCAACGUGAUUAGAAACGAGACACACAAAAACCAAAGGCAUUUUAAAACUUUGCCACAACGUGAUUGGUAACAUAACACACAAGACAAAUGGCAUUUUAAAACCUUGGUUAAUGGAAUCGGUAACAAGACACAACUAAUGGCAUUUUUAAAUGUUGGUGCAAUGCAGUCGGUAAUGAGACAUGCAAGAAACUAAGGCAUUUUAAAACCUUGCCGCAACGUGAUCAGUAACAAGACACACAAGAACCAAUGACGAGAUAUGCAAUGAGAUCGGUAACAAGACAUGCAUGAACCAUUGAAAAAGAGACGCAUGAACCAAUGGCAUUUUAAAACCUUAUCGCAACGCCAUUCAUAAAUAGAUGUGCAAGAACCAACAUUUUAAAACUUUGAGACUCACAAGAACUAAUGUCAUUUUAAACCUUGGCACAACAUGGUCAGUACUGAGAGACGCAAUAAUCGAUGGCAUUUUAAACCUUAGAGCAAUUGAAUCGCUACUGAGACAUACAAGAACCAGUGGCAUACUAAAACCUUAGCACAAUGCGAGUGGUAAUGAGACACGCUAAAAAUAAUGGCAUUUUUAAUCUUUGGUGCAAUGCAAACAUUAACAAGACGCACAACAACCAAUAGCAUUUUUAAACCAUAGCACAACACUAUCCGAAACGAGACACACAAGAACUAAAGGCAUUUUAAAACCUUGCCACAACGCGAUUGGUAACAACACACAAGACAAAUGGCAUUUUAAAACCUUGGUGUAACGGAAUCGGUAACAAGACACAAAAAAACUAAUGGCAUUUUUAAAUGUUGGCGCAACACGAUCGGUAACAAGACAUGCAAGAACCAUUGACAAUGAGACGCGUAAACCAAUGGCAUUUUAAAACAUUAGCGCAAGACGAUUGGUAAGUAGAUGUGCAAGAACCAAUGUUUUGGUAAAUAGAUGUGCAAGAACCAACAUUUUAAAUCUCUGAGACACGCAAGAACCAAUUACAUUUUUAAACAUUGGCGCAAUGUGGUCAGUACUAAGAGACACAAGAAUCAGUGGCAUAUUAAAACCUUAGCACAACGCGAGUGGUAAAGAGACAUACAAAAAAUAAUGGCAUUUUUAAACUUUGAUGCAAUGCAAUCGUUAACGAGACACGCAAGAACCAAUGGUAUUUUUAAACCUUGGUGCAACGUGGUUAGUACUGAGAGACACAAGAACCAAUGGCAUUUUAAAACAUUGGUGCAAUGGGAUCGCUACUGAGACAUGCAAGAACCAGUGGCAUAUUAAAACCUUAGCACAAUGCGGGUGUUAACGAGACACGCAAAAAUUAAUGGCAUUUUUAAACGUUGGUGCAAUGCAAUCGUUAUCAAGACAACGCAGGAACCAAUGGCAUUUUUAAACCAUGACUCAACGUGAUCAGAAAAGAGACAUGCAAGAACCAAUGGCAUUUAUAAACUUUAGCACAGCACUAUAGGUAUGAGACAUGCAAGAACCAAUGGUAUUUUGAUAGCUUCGAAAACGCAAUCAGUAGUGAAUAACGAUUUACAUUUCUGUUUGUUUCUCAUUCUUCAAAAAAUCUCCUUUUGUGUUUAAUGUAAGAGAGAAAGUCUUAAGGGUUUGGAACAACAUGAGGAUGAGUAAAUGAUGACAAAAUUUUAAUUUGUGAAUGAACUAUCCCUUUACCUUUGGGCAUUAAAUUUGAGUUUUAUGCUAAAAGCAGACUGUGUGGCCUCAGUAUUUAAAAGACUAUGUCUUACUUUGUGUUUGGAUAACAUUUUCAAAUGUGUUUGUGGUUGGUGGUGGUUAUGGCUUGUUUGGAUAAUGCUUGGAUUCAUUAUGCCAUGUAAAUCCUGUUUGAGAAUCAUACAUAUUGUAAUUCAUGUUUAAUAUUAAAUAAAUAAACACAAAAAAGUACUUUGCAUAAUGAUGUAUGAUAUAAAGACUAACAGAGCAAGCAGAACUAAUUUGAAUAAAGAAA